AUGUCGGGCCCGCUGAACAGACACGAGUCGCGCAAACCCAUCGGAUACCCACCGUCGUGGCGUGCGUUAGCAGAUCUGCCGUUCACGGUGGACGCCGCGCGCAAGGACCACGAGGCCGCCAACUCAGGGGAUAUCGCAAAGUAUGCAAUGAUAGAAGCGCUGCAGGACAUGCGCCGCUUCUACCCGGGUGAGCAGCAAACGGAGGCUCUGUGGUGGCUUUCGACGAGGGCCGGCAAACUCGGGAAGCUACCAGAAGAUAUGGCCGCUCUGGAGACGGAGCGAAGACGAUGGCAAGAUGUGAAAAAAUUAGCAAAGCGUCACGUAGCCGAUCUGCGUUUGAUCCCCGACUCCGUGUUCUCCGCGACCGAGGAAUGUCCUGGACCGUCAGAAGACCUGGUGAGGACCUAUGCUGAGGCUCAAGCGCAAGUGCGUCGUGCCAGAAAGCGCGGCCGAAAGUUCCGUGGGCCGUCGGAUGAAGCCCCGCACAAGUCUCAGAAAGACGAGGGGGAGGACGAAGUAGCGCGUGCACCGAUUCAGCAGGAUAUCGCGAACUCUUCGCGCAUCGAACGUGUGCGAACGCCGGAGGAGCCCACCGCUCCAAACGUGGUGGAGCAUAUGCCGGCGGAUCGCAAACGUGUUGAGCCUCUGUUCCUUCCAGAUGAUGAGCAGGAGUCCGACACACCGGAACCGGAGGUCAUCGUCAUAUCGGACGAUGACGACGUAGAGGUUAUCGACCCACCCCGCCUUGUUCCUUCACGCAGCGGCACCGGCGUGGGCGCCCUAGCGCAGACCCAGGAUGCACUGCCGCUGGAGAAGAAGAAGGAUACCUCUGUGAACCCGCGCGGUUCUCCGGCGCGGUCCAUCAUCGAUCUGUGCGAGGAAGAGGACCAUAACAUGAUCGUGGACGAUUCUGCUCGCUCCACAAGCAAUUAUGCAGACCGCUCUAAGCCGGUCGAGGACUCCUUGAGCCAACACCAGGGCGCUCCUGCCGAGCGGCUGACCAGCCCUGGUGAUCCCGACGUCGAGAUGGCCGCCCCCGAGACGGAACAAGCAGAGGACCUGGAGCCCGAUGCCCAGUCAGAGCCGGCGCUAUCUCCGCUCCAGCUGGCGAGGCAGCGUCAGUUUGCUUUAUUGCAGGAGCUGGCUAGCCUCAAACCAUCAAAGGAUUACCCAUUGCCUGAUCCCAUCUUUCCGCCCCCCGAACGACCCUACCUCUUUGUGGUAGAGGAGGAUUGUUACUACUUCCCGUUCAAGCCAGGCGUCCGGUCGAAGUCCGUUGAAUGGAGACAGAAACUGCUGCAGACGGUGGACGUGCGAUGCAAAAUCAAGAGCGAGGCUGCCGAUCUCUUCGACGCCCACACGUAUAACACGGACACGUACCUUGGCAUUUUCAUGGACGUUCCUAUAUAUGAGGUCCUCGUCUUCAUCAACGCGGUGAUGCCCCUUUCGGAUGACGAGGGUGGUCCCCCCACCAGUCCUCGGAACCCACCUUACGCCCAGCUCCAACUCUUAAUAUUAUACUAUUUCCUUUUCCCGGACCUCUUCGAGAGAUUCAAGGCCGGGCUGAUGGCAAGGGAAGAGCGCAGAAGACCCAAGCCGGCGAGGGGGCCGAUACGUCAGCGACCCCAACGCGAGCUGCCCGCCCGCGUCAACCCAUAUAUGUGGACUUGGUUCCAUAUCGACGGCGCCACGGAGACCACUUAUCAUCUCAUCAUGCAGGGAGUGACCGGGGACGAACUCCGUCGAUUGUCCGGUGCCGCGCGAGUGAUCGUGCUGCUUGCAAUGCGGGGUCACCUGGAGUUCCACAACGUCGACAAUGCUGGCCUAAAAGGGUUGUGCCUUCUGCUAUGUAGGGACAAACCUUUCGACGCGGACAACUACGAGGAUUGGAGGAUGACAUCCAAAUCAUAUGCUACCGACCUCUAUUUGCCCAUGAACACCACCGUAUCAGGGAAAGAGUGGUUUCCGGCUUCUCGCAGGUUUGGCCCCUCGGCCGUAUCCUCUAGAUCUUCCACGAUGAGGGUUCCCAGCGACAAGGAGAAAUAUCGCGAACACAACAACGAUUCCAGCGAGGAUGAGGACGAUGAAGGUCACAUCGAGGACGAGGACGAGGAACUUUGGUCCCAAUGCGAGCCGCUGCCCGAUUGGGUUCUGGAUAGCUCAAUAAAUCUGACCGCACUCGUCCUCGCGGGCAAAGUGGUGGUCUCCUCUCCACCUCCAAAACAUCCCCGAGACGACUCUUCUUCGAUGUCCCCUCGAGCGUCCAGAUCCGAGCACGCAGUCUCUCGUACCCGAGAGAGGGACAAGACAGACCCGCCUCCGCCGUACGACGUUGGUCAUCCGCAGGGGCGCUUCACUCGUCCACCCCCGGCAGCACUGUCCGCCGGGUCCAUCGCGGACGUCGCCGUCGUUAUGCCUACUACGUCGUUUACCGCGGUCGCGAUGUCGGUGUCGUCAACUCUUGGGAGGCAUGUUAUCGUAUGGUGGAGAACCCUCCGGGAAGCGCAAGAGGACUGGAACAGGGCAUUUGGUAGCUUUGUUGAGGGGCCCGACGGCCAACUGUUCCCGGAGGUGGAGUUGGUAUGA